AUGUUCCCCGACUACUGGUACAAGUUCAACUACACGCUGAACGACGGGACGACGAUCGAUUUUGUGAUGAUCGACACAAUUAUUCUCUGCGCCUGCUGCUAUUCGUUCUUUGCAGGAAAUACCGCCGACGUGGAGUACGGCUCGGUGUGGGACCUUCUGUUGAAGGGGAACAAAGUGCCAGACGGCCCAAAGAAUGCGUCGGUUGCGGAGAAGCAGUGGGAGUGGAUUGCGCAGACGCUCAAUCAGAGCCGUGCCGACUACCUUUUCGUUGGUGGCCAUUAUCCGGUCUAUUCGAUGUCCAGCCAUGGGCCCACACAGUGUCUGGUGGAGCGGUUGAAGCCGCUGCUCGAACGCUUUCACGUCAGCGCGUAUUUUGCCGGCCACGAUCAUACGCUGCAGCACAUCCAAACCGACCUCCCCGACGGCGCCUCGAUCAACUACAUCAUCUCCGGGGCCGCCUCGAGGACCGAUCGCUCCAAUAAACACAAAGACUACAUACCGGCCGGGUCCCUCAAGUUCAACUAUCCGACCGGCUGGAAUCCGAUUUCGCAGCUGGGGUUCAGCAGGGGCGCCUUCAUCUACACCGAGAUCAAUGCCCAACGGGCGCACUUCGAGUUCAAGAAGGGCGACGGCGAGACGAAAUACGUGCACGAUAUCCCGCCGCGAAGCGCCAAAACGAAGACCGUUACCGUACCCCGGCAGGAGGUGCCGUCGAAAAUGAUCGAAUUCGUCGUGGUUUCGGUUUUUGGAGGAAAUAACGUAGCCUCCGAUUCCGCUACAGUACUAAUUCCGCCAGCGUCAAUAGGUGUGAUCGUAGUCAUCGCCAAGAGCCGUUCCUCCUCCUCCUCGAAGUCGUCGGCCGUCUCCUCGGCGCUCAGGAUUGAAUUGCCGGCAAAGCGGAAGGGGACGGUGAGGGGCACUGUAGCAAGUACCGUACUCCUUGAGGAUGUGGUGGUAGAUAUUGAACUGCUUGGAGUCGUCGUCGGCGUUGUGGUUCCCGUACUACCCGACACUGUACUACUCGAAGACGUUGGCGCCAUUGAGGCGGCCGUACUAUCCGAUACGGUACUGCUCGAGGUCGACGUCGUUGUUUUUGCCGGACUGCUCGGAGACAUCGUUGCAAAUGCCGUAGUGCUCGAAAUGAUUGGCGGUGUCGUCACUGUACUGCUUGGUGAAGUGGGCGUUAUGAUUGUCGUACUAACAGAUUCUGAACCGCUUGAAGACGUCGGCGUUGUCGGUGCGGUACUCCUCAGAAAGAAGGGUACCCUGGUGUUGAACACUUCAACGGCUUCUUCUGGCACGGGUACCGUAACGGCCGGUUCUGGGGUGUCUAUUAGUGCUGCGGUGGUGUCAGAGACCAGUGGAAUCGCGGAGCCUCUCGUAGUCGAGGGUACGGUACCGGGCAGAAUGACGGCCCUCGGCGGGUUGAGCAGCCCCGCGGCGAUGGCGUGUGGUCCCGCGACGAAUUGGGGUACGCUGGGCGGCACUGUGGGUGCUUUUUCCGCACCCACAUCUUCAAGACGUUCAGCCCUGAUGGCGUUUGAGGGUCCCGCCGCGAAUUGGGGCCCGGUAGAAGGUGCUGUAGCGGAAUUUUCUGCACCCACGUCUUCAAGGCGUUCAGCCCUGAUGGCAUUUGAAGGUCCCGGCGCGAAUUGGGGCACUGUAGGCGCUACAGUAACCCCGUUGUUAGUGGUGUGGCUGCCGAAAAUGGGGCGUGUUACGCGAAAACCGAUGAUGGUGCGCCCGCCGCGGCCACGGGUUACGGUAUCCGGUGAUGGUGAUGGUGGGUGGGUGGUGCCGACGAUGAUCGACAAC